GAAGGCUGAGGGUGUGCGUGCAGCAGGAGGGAGAGAGACGUUUGAGGGCUGUGGAGAAGUCGAGAGGAGGAAUUGGCAAGUUAGGUGGGUGCAUGUCGAAGGGGACGACGAGGGUGAUGUAAGAGAAGAGGGGGAGAGAAGCUUGGUGGCACUUCUGAGAGCGGAAAAGGGAAGUUUGUAAGACGAGAGGCCAAUGUGAAAAGUCAUCCGAGGGGCAUUUAGAAGCGUGUCAGCGAGGAGGUGCGAGGAGUAGCUGGGGAAGAGGGGCGUGCGGGAGUGGCCCCCCGAGAGAGCACACGGAGGCUCUUCAGAGAAUGGAGCACUGAGAGGAGCGGAGAACCGAUCAUCAUCUGGAACCGACGGGAAGAGACUGGACCAUGGGGUGUGUUCACAGCAGGCGGAUUAAAAACCAUGGAGCCCACACUUUGAUGGCAGAAGACCCCGAGGUUCUCCCUGAAAUCCUGCAACUCGCUGAGCUUGCAAAGGCAGGCAGCCACACAUUCACCAGGAAGAACUUUAAGAAAGGUCGUGCGUGUGAUGUGUGCCAACAGGACAUCAUCAACCCGGGCUCUUUCUGCAAAGAAUGCAGAGUUGCUGUUCACAAGAUGUGUGAAACGAAGGUGUCGCCCGCCUGUGCCUUGAUUCCAGAUCAGACCUCCACGAAAACCGGAUCACUGAGGAAAAGAGGCUCCAUGCCCAGAAGCAGGAGCGAGGAACAAGUGAUGGAGAACGUGAUGGAGCGCCACUAUGACUUCGACCUGACAUAUAUCACCGAGAGGAUCAUCUCAGUCUUCUUCCUGCCGGAGCUGGAGGAAGAACAAUAUCAUAGGGACAUACAGGAAGUGUCGUCAAUGCUGAAAUCAAAGCAUCAAGACAAGUUCCUGCUCUUGAACUUAUCCGAGAAGAGGCAUGACAUCACCAGAUUGAAUCAAAAGGUGCAGGACUUCGGCUGGCCUGACCUUCAUGCUCCGCCUCUGGACAGAAUCUGCUCCGUGUGUAAGGCCAUGGAGAGCUGGCUGGUGUCAGACCCUCUGAAUGUUGUAGUCCUCCACUGCAAGGGUCACAGAGGGAGGACUGGAGUCAUUGUCGCAGCAUACAUGCACUACAGCAAGAUAUCAGCAGGAGCAGACCAGGCUCUCACCACACUCGCCAUGAGGAAGUUUUGUGAGGACAAAGUCACCUCAUCUCUGCAGCCAUCUCAGAACAGGUACAUCUAUUAUUUCGAUGGCCUGCUGUCCGGAACCAUCAAAAUGAACAGUAGCCCCCUGUUCCUCCACCAGAUACUCAUUCCUUCACUCCCAAACUUUCAGUCAGGAGGAGGAUUCUAUCCAUUUUUGAAGAUUUACCAGUCUCUGCAGCUGGUCUACACUUCAGGUCUCUAUGACCCUCAAGCCUCCAGGACCAGGAAGCUGUGUGUCACACUGGAACCAGCAUUAUUGCUAAAGGGAGACAUUAUGGUGAAGUGUUACCAUCGACGAAGUCAAGCAGCAGAGCGGGAGGUGGUGUUCAGGGUUCAGUUCCACACGUGCACUGUUCAUGGAGCCCAGCUGUGGUUUGGGAAGACUGAACUAGACGUGGCCUCCACAGAUGACAGGUUUCCUCCUGAUGCUUUGGUGGAGUUUAUUUUCUCAAAUGGGCCAGACAAACUAAAAGGUCAGCAAGCCAAGCCUGAUGUUUUGGUCAAAGUCAAGAACAACACUUCAGACCCGGUGGUCAGAUGGGAUUCUUAUGAGAAUCUUCACCAGGACAGCACGGAGAGCAUUUCUCAUACAAGAGGUCCUCUUGACGGGAGCCUUUAUGCCCAAGUCAGAAAACGCCGUGGACCAGGUUCCACUUCUUCAGCAGCAUCGCCCAACGGAUGCCUGACCAGCAGCCCGACAGUCACGACGCACGUUCCCUGCAAACCCCAGUCAGUAAUCUACAUAUCAGACUCGCAGCCUUCUGAUCGUUUGGAAGAUCACUCUGGUAAAGAACGCACCAUGAGUCCGGUGAGGAAAGAAGAACAUUAUUCAAAGGCAAAAGAAAAAGAGAGGGAAACAGAAAUUUUGGAUGACGCCGACCCGUCGAGUCCUGGAGGGAUGCGACGAGGGCCAUCUUGUUGUGGUCGCGCUGGGACAAAGUGCGGCGACAUGAAGUGGGAGAGGGAACGUGACCUUUGCCUCUCCAACAGCCAUUGUCUUGGACGUUGUAGCAGCAUCAAAAAACAAGCAAAGAGUCAAACUCUGCCCGCCAUACCCUCCAAAUCGGUGUCCCCGCCCCCUCAUUUGGCUCAUGUGGACCUCUGUCAUCGUCAUAGCUCUCAUCCUUUGCCAGAAUUACCAUGGGAACGACAACCCGUACCCCUGCCGUGUCUUCAUCGAUCCUGCGUGCCGUAUUCCAGCCCUGAGCACAUUCACACUCACACUUUACCCACCCUGAACAGACUCUGCCCCGGGGAAGAAUGCCACCUCCUCCAUUACUCCAAUCACGGUCACUCGUCUCACCUCUCCCAACCAGCGCUGCCCACAAGUCCUUACAGGGAGCUGUUCUUUGGCUCGCACACAUCGUCAUCUGGAUGCGCCUGCAGAGAGUGCCGCAGCAGGCGAGAGCACCAGUCAGCCAGAUCAUUCCACCCGCAGCACCCUGACCAGCAAGUAGGAUUACAAAGGACAAGAGAAGCCAUCCCGUUAUGGGAGAGUGAAAAUCCAUGGGAGGUGCCAAGAGAGUCGGAGUUCUGGCAGUGCAAACCAGCCAUGCCGUCGUUAUGCACCUGCCACCCCACAGCGGUAGAUCCUGCCUUAAAUUUGGAGCAGUCUAGAUUUUCUCUUGGACCACCUCAAAACUACCCGAGCCCCCAGUCUCUGGUUGAUGUUCGGGACGGAGCCAGCAGUGGGUAUCACACUCCGCCUGCGCCCCGCCACUCCUGUCCCUGCACUCCUUACACGGCAUCUCCAGUGGAGAGCCAUGAGAGCCGGGGUUAUGCUUCUGGGUAUCAGUCAGGGUCAGCAUCACCUUUGCCGGCAAGCAGUCCUUCUCCUGACAGAGGAAGAGGGCCAGACGUUUCCCCAGCUGGCAGAGACCCAAAGUACACAGACAGCCACAUAGGAGAAAAUGCGAAGACAUUCCGGGGUUCAGAGAAUAAAUCGGAUUCCAAUGACAGAUCAAGCAGCCUUGGCCUGGAUUCUGAUCACGACUACACACUUAUUGGUGGGAACAGCCCGACGCACUCAGGCGGCAGUGUGACUCCUGAUUUCAAAGAACACCAAGCUACAUCAGCAGAUAUAGAAUCUCCAAGUGCCAACAUAUCGACCCACGCAACGCUGCCUUCCGUAGAGACAACCCAGAAUUCUGAUGGAAACGCCGCAGACAAAGCUCCGAUGCCCGACAAUAUUGAGCCACCGCAGUCUUCCACCCUUACUGUGGUCACACCAGUGCAAGUGCAACUCAACGGUUCCACUAUUCUGGUUGAGUCGCCGACUGACAGUAGCAAAGCCGAGCCGACUGCCAGUCUCAGCUCAAGCCCCUCCACUGCUUCUUUAAACUCUCCCAUGGAUUCUCCAGACCCUCCCCAAUGCUCUCCUUCCAAUGCUGACCUCGCAGGGCAGCGGCUGUCUUUAAACAGAGACAGUUUAACUGACACCAAGCCGCCAUCCCCUGUGCCAGAUGGAUACAGCACACCAACCUUCCCCUUAGCCUCCUAUUACUACCCGCUGUUAAACGUGCCCCAUGUGCCUUACACUGGCUAUACUGCUGUAACCAUCCCUGCAAUUCAGCCUCCACUUCCAGAGAAGAAAAGGCUUUCGUCGAGUCCAGGGGUUCUCAAUGGACAUGCCUCUGUUUGUCGUGUCGCCUCCGCACCGGCGCCUUCCCCUACGCACCAUGUGACUUUCUCUGUGCGCGAGCAGAGGCGCGGAUCUGCACAGUCCCUCAGCAGGGAAGAGGGGGACACCAGGGUCAAUGCUAAGUUUGUCCAAGACAGCUCCAAAUUCUGGUACAAGCCUGGGAUCUCCAGAGACCAAGCCAUAGCUGUGCUGAAGGACAAGGAGCCAGGCUCUUUUCUCAUCAGAGACAGCAACUCCUUCCAGGGUGCAUAUGGCCUCGCCCUCAAAGUGGCCACUCCCCCUCCUAAUGCCAACAUUGCACCAAUGAAAGGAGAUCCUCUGGAACAGCUGGUGAGACACUUUCUCAUCGAGACCGGACCCCGCGGAGUGAAGAUCAAGGGCUGCCAGAACGAGUCUUACUUUGGAAGUUUGUCUGCUUUGGUAUAUCAACAUUCAAUCACUCCCAUCUCUCUGCCAUGUGCCCUUCGAAUCCCAGAAAAAGAUCUGGUUGGCGAGCUCCAGGACAUGCAAACGGCAACAAGCACAAGCACUGCGGCAGACCUCCUUAAACAGGGAGCAGCCUGUAACGUGCUCUACCUGAACUCAGUGGAAACUGAGUCGCUGACCGGACCUGAAGCAGUUUCCAAGGCAACCAAAUGCACUCUGGCUCUGAACCCGCGUCCAGUGGCCACAGUGGUUCAUUUUAAGGUGUCUGCACAGGGCAUUACUCUGACUGACAGCAAGAGAAGGCUCUUUUUCAGGAGGCACUAUCCCAUCAGUACCAUCACGUUCAGCAGUCUGGAUCCUCAAGACAAGAGAUGGACUGAUAGCCCAUCAAGCAAGAUGUUUGGUUUUGUGGCCAGGCGGGCAGGAUGCAGUACCGAGAACGUGUGCCACCUGUUUGCUGAGAUGGACCCGGAGCAGCCAGCUGUAGCAAUAGUCAACUUCAUCAACAAAGUCAUGCUGGGACCACAACUACGAAGAUGAAGGCUGUGAAUGGGACUCUUGAAGCAACGCGAAGUGGCGUGUUCAGCCAUAAAUUUGAUCAAUUGCACCAUAAUGCCAGAGCAGUGUUUACUCAUUCACUCACUUCUAUAUUACUUUGAAACACAAGAAAUAUCUGCAUUAAAUUCCCCUUACACCUCAGUUGAUGACACAUAAUUUAAAAAACUGAAAGUUGUUGUCACAGUUGCCACAAAAUAAUUUUCAAAAAAUGUGUUUCCUUUUUUUUACAUGUUUUAUACAUGUGCGAUGAUGAUUGAAGCUCUUAUCCUGAAAAUGAAUUAAGAAAUUCAGCACAUAUAAAUGUUAUUUUCCUUAUUUAAAUGACUGCAAGUUGGUGAAUUAAGGAUAUUAUGAAAGUAAUUUAUUAGGUAUUUGAGCCAAAAGUACCAACCAAAGUGUGUUUUUGUUUCUAGAAUGAAGUAAGCCGUCUUAUUUUUCAAUACACUAUUUGCAUCACCAAAAACAAAGUAGGAAGGUUUUGUGGCUUUAUAAGUUUGCAUUCAUGUUUAAACAACAAAGCCAUUUGUUUAGUUUGCCAAACAAAUAUUUUAAUGCAAUUGCAAUAUUUAAUAAAUAAUAUAUUUUACGCCUUUCACAAACUUGUCGUGUUUGA